CUGUGCCGGUCCAACUCCCCUACGAUACGCGCGCCUCGCGUGUUUUCCCUCAAAAAUUAAUAAUAUCGCCACGAAUCAAAGUCGUAGUCGUCUAGGUAUAUCCAACAAUAAUWAUUAUUAUAUUAUGUUAUAUUGUCACAUUGGUAUUAUGAUAAAUUCAACAAUUUCACGUCCAAGUGCGUGUCGUUGCAUUUGCAUCAUUGUUUCGCAUCAUUGUUUUUAGUUUUUUUUAUUUCAUCUUCUCGGCAGUUCUUUUUUGUAGUUUUUCAAUCCAAAAUAAUUGUCAUAUUACUCUCGAUAUAUUAUAAUACGAUAUAAUAAUAUACACAAUAUAACAUGAGUUCGAAAACAUCGGUCCGAGCGCCGACGGCCAAGUGGCCACUGAUCGUAGCAUUAUCCGUCAUGUCCACCGCGAUCCUCGUGGCCACGAUCACGUGGACGGCAAUCGGCCACCUACAAGCGAAGUCCACUGAACGUUUCGACGGCACGGUCACAGAAUUGGUCAUUGCUGUCAAUGACACGGUCGUUACUGAGUUCGAUGAGCAUUAUUCACAAUCUGAUGAAACUCAAACGAUGUCUAUGGUUCCCGAAUUACUUAGAAAAAAAUCAUCAACGAUCGAUUUGUCGGAUAUCAGCCGGUUUGAACGAGAAUACGUAAAGCCAAUAAAGUCAAUACCUGAAUCGUUGCACACACACGAUAUUCUUUACGGUGGUGACCAAAACAGACUUGAUCGAGAAAAACUUGUUAAACACCAUUCUGGGCAAUAUCGACACAAAACAGCAUUCAUAUGGGAUCCUCAUCCUCAAUACAAGUUUACGGCAUUUGGACAUCUAUUUCAUUUGGUGCUUAUUCAAGACUCCAAAUUUGUUUCUCCCGAUAUUAAAAUUACUCGUAUGAAGCAUAACGAGUCUUGGAGAGAACCACCCAAUGUGAAGGUUAAUGGAUGUUUCUAUUCGGGAAAUGUUUCUGGUGAACYUGACUCUGUCGUUUCUGUAAGCCUUUGUGGUGGAAUUACGGGAUACAUUCGCACAACCACUGGCAGCUACUUUAUAGAGCCCGCAGAGAAGACAAACGACCACGUAACUCCGGCAUURCAUACCAUUUACCGGGCCGGUCAGUUGGCCGARGGUGACAAGUCGCCCGGACAAACGCAACAAUCGCAUCAGCCCGAGAAAAAUUGCGGAGUACAAGACAACGAAGGAACUGGGGAUUUGGAUACAAUUAAUGACGAUGAUAGUGCAACCACCGAAGUUAAACCGUUUAUUGUUGACAGCGGUCCGAAUCGUUUAACGGAAAAUGAUAUUUUUUCGAGCUCCACCAAUUUACCGUACACGAAAAAACACAGAAAGAAGCGAUCGCUGACUUCGGAAUACGUCGUGGAACUGAUGGUSGUCGCGGACAAAAAAAUGGCCGAAUACCACGGAAAAGAGCUCCACAAUUACGUACUCACCCUCUUGUCGAUCGUAUCAAAGAUAUACAAGGACAAGAGCAUAGGGAACCCAAUGCACAUAGCCGUAGUYAAGUUGGUCGUCCUUAGAGACGUGCAUUUCGUCGAAAACCGUAACCGCUUGGGCGGUAUCGCAGCUGCAGACAUGUUGCACAAAUUUUGCGAAUGGCAAACUCACCAUAACGACGAGAACGAUUCUAGCGCAAAUCACCACGAUUCCGCUCUACUAUUAACCAGAGAACACGUCUGUCGAAAUCAUAAUCAGAAGAAAUGCGAUAAUACCCUCGGAUUGGCACAGUUAGGAACUAUGUGUAAUGUCAACAGUUGCGCAAUCGUACAAGACAACGGGCUCAGCGCUGCAUUUACAAUUGCCCAUGAAUUGGGACACGUAUUAAGUAUGCCACAUGACGAUGACAGUAAAUGUAAAGACUUUGGACAGCAAGACGGGAUGCAUAAUGUCAUGUCAAGAAUGUUGGAUCACAACUCGCAUCCGUGGACCUGGUCGACUUGCAGCCGACACUUUUUGACUGAGUAUUUGGAGGCUGGAAAUGGUAAAUGUCUUCAAGAUGAUCCCAGUAAGGAUUAUCUCGAAAUCGAAAAUCAGACCAACGAAAAGCAUUUUGCCGGCGAAAACUAUACGGGAGACAAACAAUGCGAGUUGAUUUACGGGUCGGGAUCAAAAAUAUGUUCUUAUAUGCCGGUGUGUCAGAGAUUAUGGUGUACCACUGGUUCUGGGGAGAAAGAUGGCUGCCGUACACAACACAUGCCUUGGGCGGAUGGUACACAAUGCUGGAACAGUAAAAACUGGUGUCAGCAGGGAAAAUGUGUGCCCAAAGAUCGAAAUGCGUUAAAACCAGUCGAUGGCGGUUGGGGAUCUUGGCAACCUUAUGGUGAAUGUACGAGGACAUGUGGUGGAGGCGUGAAGAAGAGUUACAGAGAUUGUACCGACCCACCUCCGUCGAAUGGCGGAAAAUAUUGUACAGGAAAACGCGUUCGAGUGCGGAGUUGUGCGACGAACGAAUGUCCGAUUGGCACUCCGGACUUCCGUGGUGAACAGUGUGCAAUGUUCAAUAACAAGACAUUCAACAUAGCAGACCUCGAGCCGGAUGUACAGUGGCUCCCGAAGUACGGUGGAUACGAAGAAGAACGGUGCAGGCUGUUCUGUCGCGUAGCCGCGUCCACCGCUUACUAUCAGCUAAAGGAGAAGGUGGUGGACGGUACGCCGUGCGCCCCGGACAAGUACGACAUAUGCGUCAACGGGAUGUGUGAAAAGGCGGGCUGCGACCACGCUCUGGGCUCGGACAGUCAGCUGGACAUGUGCGGCGUUUGCGGCGGCAACAACUCCAGCUGCCAACAGGUGGCCGGCACGCACAACAGCAGCUCGCCGAACGGUUACUCGAAGGUGUUGCGCAUCCCGGCCGGGUCGUCCAACUUGGACAUACGGCAACACGGCCACAACGGGUCCAGCAAAGAUGACAAUUACUUGGCGCUGGUGGACAGCGCGACCGGCGAGUACGUGCUCAACGGCAACUACGUGCUGAGCACGUUCAACAAGGUGAUCGUGUACGGCGGCACGACAAUCGAGUACAGCGGGUCGGACGCGCCCGUCGAGCGCAUCAACUCGUCCAGGCCGCUCAACAAAGACGUCACCGUCGAGUUAUUGUCAAUUGGAAACUCGUACGCUCCGGAUAUUGAAUACCAAUACACUGUGAUGAGAGACGUUUACGUAUGGGCAUUGACCGACGAAUGGGGACAGUGCGAUAAGAUUUGCUCAGGUGAACAGACGAAGAUUUACGUGUGCAUCAGAAAAGAAACUGGUGAAGAAGCCCGAGGUUAUUGCAGUGAACAAGACGCACCCCGUACGAAAAAGCAACCGUGCAAUCUCCACUGUACCAUCAAAUGGAAGACCUUAAGUCAGUCUGAAUGUUCUGCUCAGUGUGGCCCAGGUACUCGGACACAGAGCGUUGUGUGCGUUCAGGAGCACGAUAAACGAUCUUCUUCUCAAAUAUCGGACAAUAUGUGUUCUCAUUUACCAAAACCUGCCAAUACUAUUCCUUGUGACGGACAAUGUUUAGAAUCAAGAUGGUCGUUUACAGAAUGGACUCCCUGUUCUAAGACCUGCGGGUUAGGCGUUCAGCACAGGGAAGCACACUGUGUAAAUGACAAUGGUGAACCAAGAGACGAAACUUCGUGUAAUGACAGCGAGAAAAUAAUUACCAGAGAGUGUGGGACAGACAAAUGUCCCCAGUGGUCUGUCGGAGAAUGGUCAUCGUGUUCAGUGACUUGUGGCGAAGGGCAAAUCGAGCGUUCCGUAUGGUGCCGUACAGAAAACGGUAGGGUGUUAGCUCCAGAAUAUUGUGGUACAAAUAUGCCAGCUACCAAAGAAACGUGUACUAUGAAACCAUGUCCAGCUUGGACAACAGGUCUUUGGUCUCAGUGUUCUGUUACAUGUGGCGUUGGGAUAGUGAGACGUAUGGUGCGAUGUAAUAUAGCAGAUGAAUCUGCAUGUGCGCUGAUCGCGAAACCACUCGAAGAAGAAAAAUGCACUUUACGCCCAUGUCCAGGAGGUGUAGACAAUGAUAUACACGAAAAUGAAAUUCUGAGUAAUAGCGGUAUACAUGUCACAAACUUCAUACAGAGCAACAAGUUCUAUACAUGGCGAACAGACCACUGGUCAAGUUGUUCGGCGUCGUGUGGUAAUGGUUACAGAAGCCGAAACAUAGACUGCAUAAAUACGAUCAGCGCCAAGCCAGUUUCGUGGAACCUUUGCAAGUCAAAGAACCAACCGAAACGCGUCGAAGUGUGUAUCGCUCCGAUGUGCGUAAUGUGGCGGGCCGACGAAUGGAAAGAAUGUUCAGCCGAAUGCGGCAAAGGUUUUGAAGAGCGCGAGGUGACUUGUGUGUCAUCGGUAAGUGGCAAACUCGUAGACGAAACCCACUGCGUAGUGCACAAAGAAAAACCUGAAGCUCGAAGGUUGUGCGAGAGCCACAAAAGCUGCAAGCCGGUAUCAACGUGGAGAACGGGAUCGUGGGGAGAAUGUUCAGAAUUGUGCGGAGGUGGCGUAAAAGAAAGGAAAGUGGUAUGUCAACCAUUUGACGGGACAAGAGAACUAUUUGAUGAAGAAAUGUGCGCGGAUCCUAAACCGUUGUCUUCAAUUCCAUGUAACGAACAUCCGUGUAAAAGACAACCGUCAUACGUGACGAUAGCUUGGAACUUUGGGGAGUGGUCAAAGUGCAACGUCACGUGUGGCAAGGGACACCAACAUCGGCAGGUGCAGUGCCAGAACAACGACGGCGCCAUACUGGCGGCUGUGCAGUGUGAUGGACUGGAGAAACCAGCGACCGUGCAACCGUGCCGUACGUUCGUGCCGUGUGCCAAACCGACGACUUCGGCCACCGCCACGAAACAAUCACCGCAGGCUGCUGCCGCACUCGAGGACAAGGAUUACGUUAUCAAUGUGCUCGGGCGUAACGUAUCUGUCUACUGUCACGGCAUGCGAUCCGGCAAUCCCGUCGAGUAUCUGACCUUGUCUAAGGACACCGAAAACUAUUCCGAAAUCUACGAACAGAGGCUCAAAGACCCGAGCACAUGUCCGUUCAACGGCGAACGUCGCCAAAACUGUCCGUGCGACAACGUGCCUGUACCGUCGUCUGGACUGACCGUGUUCACGAAGAUCCGUUUGAACAUCACUUCGUUAAGAGUCGAUUCAAAAGAUUUUACGUUCUCCAAACAAAUCAAAGGCAAACCCGUACCAUUUGGUGAAGCCGGUGAUUGUUAUAGUAACUCGAAGAGGGGUUGUCCGCAAGGCAGAUUCAGCAUUGACUUAUCGGGCACUGGCAUGAAAAUAUCACAUGAUACCACUUGGGUGGGCAAAGGGUCGAACACGUCGUUUUGGGUGAACAAGAUAGAGGAAAACAUGAAAAUAGCCGGCAGAUGCGGUGGAUACUGCGGUACGUGUGUGCCGAUGCAAGGGUUAAUAUUGGACGUGGUUACGCCAUAACAACUCAAUAAUACUAAAUAUUAUAAUACAUUAAAUUAAAUUAAUUUAGUAUUAUAUUAUGCGGCCAAAAGCGAUCAUGGUGUUACUAGGUGAUCAUCGAGCACAGUAUUAUUAUUAUUACUAUUAUGUUAUACGCGUACUUAUAAUAAUGCAAUAUUAAUUUGUCAGACGGACACUACUGUGCUUACACGUACAGCAUUCAUGAUAUUAUUAUUAUUAUCGUUAUUAUUUUAACUAUUUUAGUUUUAUUACAUCGAUUACCAAAAUGGUCUAGAGAAAUGUAGACUCGAUUGGAUCCAAAUGAUUAUAGGGCCAUAAAACUAGGACAUUUUUUUUAUUUUCAGUUUGUUUUUAUUUUUUCAUCAUUACCAGCAAAUACUACGGCGUGCCAUUAAUAUCCAAUAUUAUUAUUAUUGUUACCUAUCAACUAUUAUAUUUAAAGUGAAAAUACUCGUGUAUUUUUAUUUCACAGUGUCAAUAAUUUUUGUUAAGCAGUUAAAUAAUAUAAAUUGUUGUUAACGUUUUAUUGACUGGUCUGUUAUUCACAUAAUUAUACAAAAUAAAAUGCCACUUCAAAAUUAUCGGAAUAUGCUUCUUCCGUCUUAACGUAACAUUUUUCAAGUCAAUUUAUCUGAUUAUACACGAUUUUUAAAACUUUAUAGACCAUGAUCAUAUGUAUCCACGAAAUUACAAUACUGUUUUUUAAUACAAUUUAAUAUAAUAUAAAAAUUAAAUUUAUKAUAAUCGUAGAUUAAGAUAAUUGAUAAUUGUGUCCCUAAUAUAACUAUAAUUAUUAAGCGUAUUAACUAAGUACCUAACUAUAGUUUUGAUGAUUUUCAAUUGCAUAUAAUUAAGUCAUUUAAAGUCGGUUUAUGAUGUGUGUUCAAUUUAUUUUAAUUUUUGUACAUUUUCCAUGUUAUUAAAUAGUAUGUGUGCAUGUGCCUAUACCACAAUAAAGAAAAGGCAUAUUAUUUUUAAUAAUUAUAAAUGGUCAGUAUUAAGAACGAUAUUUUAAUCUGAUAUGAACAAAGACUUCCUUUUUAUUUUAUUUAUUAUUUAUUAUUUUUAUUUUUAUUUUAUUUUUUGUUGAUCUCUAGUCAUAACAUUUUCGUGGUUUGAACCACAUUAACAUAAUUUAUAAAUAGGUACAUACAUAAAUAUAAUUAUUU